CAAAGGUUUUAGUCGACUGGUCUAAGUUGAUCAUAUUGGUGAGCGUUGUCCUGUAUGUCAUUUCUAUUGCAAAGAGAGGAACACUUUCGAACAAACGGACAAGGACAAAACUAUCACAACAGAGGGAUACCAACACAGAGAAAGGGGACCAUCACACAACAGCACAGCAUUUUACUACAAGUAUGGAUUGUGAAAAAUUCAGUCGCUUACUCCAGUCUGAAAAUUUGGGAGAAUUUGCAGAUUCUCUGUUUAAGACUGAUGAUUGUCAAAGCAAGGAGGAGGAUGCUUCCAAGAAUUCACCAAAACCCAGAAUGGAGACUUCGAGACUCAAAGGGAAAUGUAAACAAACGCAGACCUUGUCAGAAAUGACUGACCAGCAGUUAGAGCAGUACAAACAUUCACCCGAGACGGAGCUGGCAGAUCUAGUAUGUAGUGCCUGCAAGACAGACAACUCCUCAGAGCUCAAGGAUUAUUUAGAGGUUGUGAUAGCUAAGUUGGCAAACAGUGAUUAA